AGUGUGUAGAGAGGCAAAGGAGAGUGUAGCGGCAUUAAGCAGCUCAGAGAUCAGUGGAUGCUGACAGACGCACAGCUGCUGAUGGGAAAAGGGGAAACAGCAAAGACAAGAUUGUCACACUCCAGAAGAAAGAGAGAGAGAGAGGAGGAGAGCAGAUAUACUGUCCAUGUUCAUCCUCAUCAUUCCGGGGAUUAGGAUUGGAGGACAGCAGCCUUUCAGCAGCCACAGACGGACGGUACGUUACCAACGCACACCUGCACGAAUCAAAGUUAAUCAUCAGAUUCAGUGAAGGUUUUCAUAAUUCAGGUCACAGAAAAUGGGAGCACAAUGUGUCCUGAAGGGAAGCUUCAGUAGGAACCUUGUGAUUUCUCCACACUCUGCAAUGACUGUGAGACUCAACAAGACAACAUAAGUGCAGGAGCCAAGCAACACAACACAAGUGGACACUCAAUGUGAUUUUACUCUCCAGGACACCGCAUUGCAAUCAACAGAUUUGAGUGUUUUGUAUCUAUGCUUACGUUGUGUCCAAGUGGUUGUAGCUUGGUUUUGAUCAGAACUCUGCACUUACUACAACCUGGAACAGAUGGGCAAUAAGAUGUUUACUCAUGAAAGAAAAUGGAAUACUACAUGAUUGCCCACCAAGAAUCCUGUGAAUCAGGGUGUAAAGUAGAUACCUUGAGAAGUCCUGCAUACCCCGUAUUUCUUGUGUAGCUAAGAGGAAAAGAAGAAUAUAGGUUGUCUGGACUUUACAAUGAAAAUUUUCUAGGGUGACAGUGGCAAAGAAGUUCCUUUUUGAAAUAUGAACAGGAUCCUUUUUUUCUGUGAAUUGUUAUAGAAACCAAAAAGAAAAUAGAACGCACAAGUCCUGACACUUACUUUUAGUCAGCUGUUGUUCUGCUAGCUCAAGGAAUGUCUCAUUAUCUCACUAUAUUAGAUAAAUGAGUACUAAUACAGAACUCGCUAUUAGGAUUUGAACCCUUCUUGAUUUUAACAAAAUAACAAAACAAUGAUAAGUUAGUAUUUGAAAAACUACAGCCCCUAAGAAGUCUUUUCAGAGUGUCAGCACAAGUAUGACGUGUUUUAGAUAUCUACGCCAUUCAGUACACCCUGUCCACUCUCGUAGCGGCAGCCACUUGAAAAGCUUGGGCUUGUGGGCUGAGGUGUUCUUGAAAGGUUGCUAAAAUAGAAUUAUUGAAUGAAUAAUAAAGUAUUACCAUCCCUGCCUAGACAAAUGUAGUGGGCCGCACAACCUACUGUUGAUCAAGGUUAUGUUUUAGGCCUGGCUCGUUGGCAAUCUGUGGUAUUACAAAUCCAAGAAGCCCAAAAGCUUGACUUUAGCUCUCUGUAACUUCAUUAGCUAGCACCAUUAUCAUUUAAACUUAAAGUUAGCAUCAAAUACCCACCAAAACUGACCAUGGAUUUCAAUGGGAGCCGGGACUAUGGGUCCUACCCAACAGGGCUGCCCUAUAACACAAGCACGGACUACGAGUACUACUACCCAGAGCUUUACGCUAGUAGAAUCAUCCUCCCAUCUAUCUAUGCUCUUGUCUGCUGUAUAGGUCUUAUUGGCAAUGCCAUGGUCAUCUACGUCAUUCUGAAAUAUGCCAAAAUGAAAACAGCCACAAACAUUUACAUCCUCAAUUUGGCAAUUGCUGACGAGUUGUUCAUGUUAAGUGUUCCUUUUCUGGCCACAUCAGCUGCCAUCCGCCAUUGGCCCUUUGGGUCGCUGAUGUGUAGGUUGGUGCUGAGUGUGGAUGGUAUCAAUAUGUUUACAUCAAUCUUCUGCUUGACUGUGCUGAGUGUGGACCGUUACGUAGCAGUGGUCCACCCUAUCAAGGCUGCCCGGUACCGCAGGCCCACUGUAGCCAAAGUAGUCAAUGUGUGUGUAUGGGGGCUGUCACUUUUAGUUAUCCUGCCCAUCAUUAUCUUCGCAGACACUGUCCGGGCGCCAGACGGUGCUGUGGACUGUAAUUUCUUGUGGCCUGAAUCGGCGUGGUCAGAGGCAUUUGUGGUCUACACAUUUCUGUUGGGGUUUCUGCUGCCGGUUGGAGCCAUCUGCUUAUGUUACUGUUUAAUGGUGGCCAGGAUGCGAGCAGUGGGGCUAAAAGCAGGCUGGCUUCAACGACGGCGCUCAGAGAAGAAGAUCACCCGCAUGGUGCUGCUAGUUGUGGCCGUGUUCGUUCUCUGCUGGAUGCCCUUCUAUAUCAUCCAGCUGGUCAGCGUUUUCCACCGGCCCCCAGACCCCAUGGUGACUCAGCUUUUUGUCAUCCUCAGCUACGCUAACAGCGGUGCCAAUCCUAUCCUGUACGGCUUUGUGUCUGACAAUUUCCGGCGGUCAUUCCAGCGCAUUGUGUGUUUCCGGUGGCUGGAGUCUGGGCUGGAUGCGGAACAGGUAGAUUACUGUGCUGUAGCUUUGAAGAGACAAGCAACAUGUAACCCUCUGGAUUUUCCCAAGGACUGUAUGGCUUCUGAUAUGGUGUUUCGCAAUGGGACAUAUACCUCCCGUACAACCACAAUGUAGUGGUAGAGUUUUAUUGUCUUAAGGUUUAUAAUGGGGAGAUUGAUAUCCUUUUCAUUCAUACAUUAUAAAAACUUAAACUACAUAUCAUAAUUUUUUUGUAACAUCCCCUGGAGUACACAGAUGUGCCAUACAGAAAUGGACUUGACAAAGUGUAAACUCCUUAAUAAGAAUUUUGUGAUACGGAACACAAAUUUGAGAAAGCCAGAAGAACAACUAAUGGAUAAGCAGAAAAUGUAAAGUUCAGAAGCUGAUCUGACUGGCUGACAUGUUAAGAGAAAAACUGAAAAAGAUGUAUUUAACUGUAAGAAUCCCACAAAUGUUCUGUAUGUGGGCAAGGAUGUAAAGCACCGAUGAAUGUAAGCACAAAAUGGUUAUGCUUAUUGACAUGUUGAUUCUUACUUUAGGUUAUAGCCAGCCAUAAGUAUAAGAGGCUGCUUGGAUACCCCGCAAACAAAUUACAAAUGUGAAAUACCAUGGUUGUUUGUCAAAAUGUAACUGUUUAUUUACAGAUACACCCCCAAAAAAUCAUCCAAUGACACCCCCAAAAUGCCCAAAUUCUACAGUUCACAGAUGUGUUUUAACAAUUUAGAUUACCUUCAGAUUAAUUUGGCAAAAACGCUGUAAAAAAAACUUUUAUUCUCAAAUGAACACACGGUAAAGUCAGAGCAACAACAGAGUCAUGUCAUACUCACCACUCUGCUGUCAGUUAUGACGACCUGUCACAUUCACAUAGUUACACCAAUACAACCACAGUCUGAUCUGCUGGCCACUGAGCAGCUCCACUGGAGCAGCUGAGGUUAAGGGCAAGGGCACCUCAGUGGUGGUGAUGAGGGAGGCGCUGCUCUUUCACUUUCCCCACCCAGAUUUUAUCCUACUGGUCUGGGGAUUGAACUGCGCAUCUCUAACCUCUAGGCCACAGCUGCCCCAAAUAUAUUAUAUAAAUAUUAUAUUACAAAUAUAUUGUACAUAUUGUUUUUAUUCAGUUAUUUCCAAUUACUUCUAUUUUGCUGUGUUUUUUACAGUCAAUGAAACUCAACACGGCUGAUUAAAAACUGCAGAUGUUUCAAAAUAAAAGCCUGUACUAUUAAUGCCAACAUGCCAUUCUGAUCAUACACUUUGUUAACCUUUUUAUCACAGUGUCCUCCCUACAAUUUAACCUUUUUUUAAUAUAGGUUUACUUUACAAUAUUUUACACAAUCUUCUCAAGUCCUCUUGGACUGCACUAAACCAAUGUUGUUUAAAUUUCACCAUGUUUAAAUAUCUCUUUCAAACUUGUAAAUGUAAUUGAUUUUAUCUUAUCAAUCUUAUAUGUAGAUGUUCUGCGGAUUUGUUCAACACAAAGUUCAAACCAAAAUUGUUGACAAAUUGAUAUUUCUGAGAAAAGACAACACAAGUUUAAUUUCAUAGUAUACUAGUGUGCGAGUUUUACUUUUCAGUAACACAGAUUGAUUUAUUAAUGUAAAAAAAACAAAAAAACACUUUGGGUGUAGUACAGUGCGUUGCCUGUGUGGGGCUUGUGUUGGCCCUGGAUUUCCCCCAGAUAGGAGAAAGGUUAAAUUAAAUGUGUGUCACUUUCUCCAGGCUUUAAAAUGAUGUUUGAUUUUUUUUUUCUGUGUACAUUUAUGUAUUUGAUGUAUCUAUAUGUGUUAAUUGUUUGUUGGUGGACCUGUUUGAAGUUUGUCUUUGCAAACUGGGCAAGAGCUGUUCUGCUUCAGUUGAACAACAUGACAGAAAUGGCUGAAAAAAAGAUGUACUGUAUAUGUUGAGUUCAUGUUUCUAAAUUUCAAACGCUCACAAAAUGAUCUUUUCACCCGUGAUUUCACUUUGUUGUUUUAUGUUUAACAGUGGCUCUCUAAAAUGUGAAAAAUGUAUUUUAUAAUGAAAUGUUAAUUUUACUUUUAAAUCUGAUAACAAUUACUACAAAGUGUGUGGGAUCAAAAACUCACUGAAGAAUUUUUGAUCACUUGUACUCACUGUAUUACCAAUGUUUCUAUCCUCAGACCUUCAUCAGGUAUAAUUUAUAUAGACAAACAGCUCCGGUACCACAUAUACUUCAUUUUCGGUUAUGCUAGUGACAUUUCAGAGCCAUGGUCGGAGCCAUGUAUUCUAACUUGCACAAACCUCAGUCAGAUAAAUGACCAAUGAGUCACGCUAGGGAUAUUCAAUCUGUCUGCUCACACCGGCUGCAAUCAGGAGUGGAGCGCCUGUGCGCUGCAGCCAACAUUCCGGCUUCUAUAUUUCUUCAGCGAGUGAAUGUGUGAAGCUAGGUAGGUAAUCAAACAGGAACACCAGAUACUUGAUGAUGACGAUGGUCCUUUUGUUAACAAGGGGAAUGGGAUGGCAUCCCCCUUAAAACGCCUUCUGUGUUUAUUGUGACCAUGUCGACAAAGGUCACCUACACUCGUUGACUUUAUAAUAUAUAUAUAUAAUAUAAUAUAUAUAUAUAGCCCCUGAGACACUGUGGAUUGUAUGUAUAUGUAUUUUCAUUUUUUAUUUUUUUUUACCAGUAAUGUAGUAAAGAUCCAUAUUUUCUUUGAUUUUGGCACUUUCUUUCUUCCUUUCCUCUCCUUUGUUCAUCACUAGGCUCGUUUAAGAUGAGCCAGGCCUGUGCAGAAUACAUCACAGGUGAUCGCCGCCCAAUGCAUGCCGGUUAGAUUGUGUCCGACUUGCUCUGACAUCAUGCACACAUAGGCAACGAUAACCUCACGAGAUCGAGGCAGCUGCAGUUUUUAGAGCCAGGCUCUGCAGUUGCUCUCCGCCGACUGCGAGACCCAUGGCAUGAUGGGAAAUGCCUGGCUCUCAGCUGAUCUAACAGCUGAUUGGUUCAUAAGUGACUCACACGCUAUGAUGUUUCACAUACACUUUUUGUUGUUGUUUAAUUGGAGAGGUUAAGAUCGAUAUUUGUCUUAUUUGAAGGCUUAUUCUGUUAACAGAAUACAUUAACUAAAGUUAAGAUUACAGAUCGUCUACAGUCUAUUGUAUAUUAACAUCAGCGACAGAUUGCCUGCAGAUCAUUUUAACACGCUACUCUGUCAGAAUCUAAUCAAUCGGAGACUGAGCACGAACUGAUAUGGGUCUGAUAACAUUUUAAUAAAUCCUAAUCUGACCUAACAGGAUGUGAGUGUUUCUGUGACUUCUUGUACAGACUGAAGGCUGCUUCAAACGGCUAUAUGCUCUCCGACUCGGCCGCCCCUUUUUGUCAACGUCCCCAGCUGCUGCUGCCUGCUCCCAUCCUCUUUACAAGCGAGGCACAGCUCAUCUUGAACGAGCCCAUUGAUUGGUUCUUGCUUCCACCCUUUCUCACUCUUAAUUACCUCAUUAAGUUCACCUGGUGACCCCAUAUCAAAAGACUGCACUCCAUCUCAUUCAUUAGCUGUGUUGUAAACCGUUCCCUAUCAUGGAAAUAGAUGUUUUCAGUGAGUGUCUGAAAUCUCGUUUGGUCGGUCCCUACAUAAUUGACUAUUUAAUAAACACUACAUAGGGAAUAGUGAGUGGGUGAAUGAGGGAACGGUUUCCAACACAGCUACUCUCUGUUAACCUAGCAUGGGGCGGCAGUUCUGAAUCACCAGCCCAUGUGUGAUUUUGUACUCUUUCAUUUGGAACAAUUUUAAGUUUUGGAAAAUAAAUCUUUGUUGAGUGGA